GUUAGCUGGUUUGAGACAUGUUUCCUUCCCAUUAUUCAGUUAAUUGGAUAUAUUAUUUUGAAUGAAUUAUAAAUUCCGUCUCAACAAAAACAAUGGAAGUAGCCUCUUCUAAUGGCGUCGCCACCACCACAAAUAUUUGCAGUCACUGUGACAGAGAAAUUCCGUCUUUAAACAUCGAUCUGCAUUAUGCUCACUGUUCCCGCAAUUUAGAAAAAUGUAAAACCUGUGAUGAUAUGAUACCCAAAAAGCACGCGGAAGAACAUUACUUGAGCACCCAUGCUUCGGUAUCUUGUUCAUUGUGCGGUGAGACAAUGGAGCUUCGGGACCUAGCUGUACACGAAGGUGAAAAAUGUCCUUUAAGAACCGUUACUUGUGAUUAUUGUGAAUUUCCUUUGCCUGCAAUCGACCUGCUUGAGCAUCAGGAAGUUUGUGGAAAUAGGACUGAAGUUUGUCAACUCUGCAACCGAUAUAUCAGACUACGUGAUAGAAUUGCACAUGAAGUUGCGUGUGAUGUUCCAGAAAAUACUGCAGAAACCUCCAGGGCAAGGGAAGCUAAUAGAGAGCGUGAUGCUAGAAGGCCGGCACCACAAGACUUUCCUACAAGAAAACUUGUAUUCACCAUAGCUAUAACUGGCAUUGCCGUUGUUUUAGGGUCCCUUAUUUUUCAGAGAAAAUCACAUAACAGUGAGCUGCGUUAACCAAGAGGCGUACAACCUAUGCAUGAGCAUACUUUAAAAUUGUUUUGCACUGUUUUGUAGGGUAACAUAAUGGAAUAUUCUAAGUUUUGUUAUGUAAUGCAUCCCGUAGAAAGAUUUGAAUAUGAAAUCCUUUUUGUUAAAGGUGUGCACGAAGCAUGUACAAGUAUUAACCCAGUAAUCUAUACAUUGUAUGACUAGAUUGAGUUUGGCGAUUAUGGAAAUUUUUCAUGCUUA